GUGCAAUAUUUGUGAGUGCCGAAGAUGCAAUUUUGCCUCUCGUAACUAGGUGUCAUAAAUGAGUUUCAUUUUUCAAUAAGCACUAGUCGCAAACGUGCUGUUGCUCGGGAAUAUUACUAGUUGCAUUCCUCAACACCACAGUACCACAUGAGAAGAGAAGGUGGCUAGGCUAUAUACAUGCAUUGAUAUUCGCACUGUUCUUCCACGAGACAACCUUGGCGCACAGGGGUUUCCAUUGCUUGUCGCACCCUUUGGUUUUGAAUCUUCAUUGUUUUGGGGAAAGCACACGGCUAGACAACGGUCUGAUUUGCGGAUUCGAGCAGGGAUGUCGGACUUUCUCGUUAAUCUGCUCGGGGAGCGGCUCGUGAACAGUGAAAAGGCCGAGAUUGAUGUCCAGGCGCUGGGCAGCAAGCUGUCUGUUAUCGGACUCUACUUCGGUUGCAGUCUGAAUGGUCCUUGCAGACAGUUCAACGCCAGCCUGUGUGAGUUUUACAGCAAGUUCAAAAAUUCAUCAGAACACAAAGACAAAUUGGAAAUAGUUUUUGUCUCAUCCGACCAGGACCAGAAACAUUGGCAGGACUUCUUACAGGAGAUGCAAUGGCCGGCGUUGCCUUUCAAAGAGAGACACAAAAAGAUGAGGCUAUGGAACAGGUACAAGGUGACCAGCGUCCCUUCUCUGGUGUUUGUGGAGGCGGUCACGGGGAAGGUGGUGUGUCGGAAUGGUCUCCUGGUGGUGCGCGAUGACCCUAAAGGCUUGGAGUUCCCCUGGGGGCCCAAGCCAUUCGCGGAGGUGGUGGCGGGACCCCUGCUCCGGAGCAGCGGGCAGACUGCGGACAGCAGCUCCCUGGAAGGGUCUUAUGUUGGCGUGUAUUUCUCUGCCCACUGGUGUCCUCCAUGCCGCAGUCUAACGCGGGUCCUGGCAGAGUCGUAUCAGACUGUGAAGGACUCGGGACAGAAGUUUGAAAUAGUCUUUGUCAGCGCAGACAGGUCAGAAGACUCCUUUAAACAGUAUUUCAGUGAGAUGCCUUGGGUCGCCGUUCCAUACACAGAUGAGGGUCGGCGAUCACGGCUCAACCGGCUGUAUGGAAUUCAAGGGAUCCCCACCCUGAUCCUGUUGGACCCAGAGGGCCAUGUGAUCACGCGACAGGGUCGGGUGGAGGUGCUGAAUGACCCAGAGUGCCGCUUCUUCCCCUGGCAGCCACGCCCCGUUCUGGAGCUGAGAGAGGCCAAUGCUGUGCACCUCAACGAGGGGCCAUGCUUGGUGCUGUUCGUGGAUGCAGAAGAGGAAGAGGAGCUAGAGCUGGCCAGGGAGCUGAUCCAGCCAAUCGCAGAGAAGAUCAUGGCCAAAUACAAGGCCACGGAGGAGGAGACACCGCUACUAUUCUUUGUGGCAGGAGAGGACGACAUGAGCGACUCGCUGCGCGAUUACACCAACCUGCCAGAGGCAGCGCCACUGCUCACCAUCCUGGACAUGUCGGCCCGAGCCAAGUACGUGCGCGACGUGGAGGAGAUCACGCCCACGGUUGUGGAGCAGUUCGUGGAUGACUUCCUCGCAGAGAUGCUCAAACCAGAACCUAUCUGAAGAGUGAGCCAGAGAGCGCCAGAGAGAGAGAGAGUAAUGGGACUGGAACCCCAGACACCCCUCACCCCUCAUCCCCUUUUAAGACUCUGCCGCUCUCUCUUCUGUACCCUUUCUGUCCUUCCUCUCCCUGCAGUGCCUUGCAUUGUUUGUAGCCUCUGCAGUGACACACCCAUGAGCCCACACACUUUUCUCCUCUCUCAGUUGGGCAGCUUGUUUUCCUUUUGUCUGUGGAUUUCAUUUUAAGAAGUUCUUAAUUUUCACGUGAAAACUACACCAUGACUCAAUUGUUCAAUUUGAAAUAUUUAUUGGAUAUUUGGUGUACCUGCCUGUUCUUAUCAGGAUAUACUUCUCUGUUCAUCCGCUUUAUGGCAUGGAAUGACAACAAAUUACAGUGGUUUUCUGUUUAAAAGCCACAUGCAUAGUUGUCAGACAUUCUUAGAAGGUUGUCUUAUUACAAUUGACCCUUUGUUGUCAAGCAAAGGUGUUUGCCUUCAAAGUGUUACCGUUCUUUAUGAUGCUAUAUUUAAAUAUGUCAAAUAAUUUGUAAUGCCAGAACUGCAACUGAACCAUGAGUGUUAAAAUGAUUUUAUGUGAAGGUCCCAAAGGAAAAUGGUGUAUGUUUUUAUGGCAUAAAAAUGAUUGUACCAUCCAAUUAUUUUCAAGUGUUGGAAAAGUGUGUGUUCACAGUUUCUGUUUUUUUUCUGCUUGUCUCUCUGCAGGUAAAAGCACAUUCUUUAAACUGCUGAGCAUAUUCCUUCCUUUUCUAAGAUCAUCACCCUCUUCUCAUGACUCCCAUAUCCCCAGAAAACUCAUGUUUUCAUUCAUAAGAUCAUCUGUAAAACCUUAAGGUCGAGAUUAAAGCCUGGAUUCAAUAAACCCAAUAAAAUGUGAAGGUUACGUUUUCAUCUUCAUCCACAAAGACUGCUGAGUUCAGCAAUCCCCAAAAUUAACUCACAAAACUACUUGUGACUGUAAAACCAAAUACAUAUUUUUCUUUUUAGGUCUAUGUAAAAAAACAAAAACAAAUUUUGAUUGAUUCCAGGCAAGUCUAAUAAACCCAACACUUCUAUGAUAACUUAAGGCUGAUGGUGGGUGGAUAUAUAUUUUAAUAGGACACACUUUAACAUUUUCUGAGCCAAGAAUCUCAUAAUGUUUUGUUUUAGAAACAUGUUUCAGGUUGGCAGGGCACUGAUGGUAGCUGAAAUGACUGACUAAAUAGUGUUGUUUUGUUCUGGUCAAAAGCAGCCUUUCUGGAGAAGUAAACUGAAUGGUUGAUAGCCAGCUCAUAGCAAGGAUCUACAGCUACCAUAGAUAAGACCCUCAUGACCUUCUUCACUCCCACACAGAAACUGUAGAAAAUUUGGGAAAUAAUACAUCAGAGAACCACAUUACCUUAAUAAAGGUUAUAUUUUCUCUGUUAUUUUCUGAAGUGACAAAAGGAAGCUUUCAGUAAAGCAAUGGCCUGAAACAUCUGCAGUCAUUUCAUUUAUUGUAAUCUUUAUUUUUGAUGACAGUGUUUCUUUAAUAAUGCCAUGUUCAUGUCUGCAUUUUUAAAUAAAGCUGUAAUAAGAAA